GACGGCAGUUCGGCCACGUCCCUGGCCACGUCGCGCCGCUCUCGCCAUCUUCGCCGCUUCCUCUCAGGGGCCGCCGCCUCCUUAGUCGCCGAGCUCCGUGGCCGCCGCGCCAACUGUCGCCGUCGCCGCCAUGAACAUCUUCCGGCUGACCGGGGACUUGUCCCACUUGGCGGCCAUUGUCAUCUUGCUGCUGAAGAUCUGGAAGACGCGCUCAUGCGCCGGUAUUUCUGGGAAAAGCCAGCUUCUGUUUGCACUGGUCUUCACAACUCGUUACCUGGAUCUUUUUACUUCAUUUAUUUCAUUAUAUAAUACAUCUAUGAAGCUUAUCUACAUUGCCUGCUCCUAUGCCACGGUGUACCUAAUCUACAUGAAAUUCAAGGCAACUUAUGAUGGCAAUCACGACACCUUCCGAGUAGAGUUUCUGGUGGUCCCUGUGGGAGGCCUCUCAUUCCUUGUCAAUCAUGACUUCUCUCCUCUUGAGAUUCUAUGGACUUUCUCCAUCUACCUUGAGUCGGUGGCCAUUCUUCCACAGCUCUUCAUGAUCAGCAAGACUGGGGAGGCGGAGACCAUCACUACCCACUACCUGUUCUUCCUUGGCCUCUACCGGGCUUUGUAUCUGGUCAACUGGAUCUGGCGCUUCUACUUCGAGGGCUUCUUUGACCUCAUUGCUGUAGUGGCUGGUGUGGUCCAGACCAUUCUGUACUGCGACUUCUUCUACUUGUACAUUACAAAAGUGCUCAAGGGAAAGAAGCUAAGUUUGCCAGCCUAAGUGCCGAAGCGCAUCAGCAGCCUCUGUCCUUCAGGGUGCUCGGACAGGAUUCAUACCAUAGCAAAGGCACGAGAUGCUUUAUAUGGAAAAGCAGAAACUUCACUCUUUUGUUGCAGACAGUCAUCAUUGGCUCUGUGAGGACUCGGAGGACAACAAGCAGAGGUUUCUGUUUAAUGCAUCUUGCCUUAUCUUUUUUUAUUACUAUGUACAAAGAUUUUUUUACACAAAGAAACUGUAUUAAUAAAUUCAGUGUGUAGCUUAAUUGGGCUAGUUCCAAAAGUGAUGAUUUUGUGAAGGAAAAAAAGUACAAACUUUUUUAUUUAAAAAAAAAAGUCAAUGAAAUUGUUGAUUCUGUGUCUGCAAUGAAAUUGUACCCCCUUGACAGCUGGUAGAUUAUAUAUUCAAACAUCAAAUUCCACUAUAUUUAUUUUUUUGCCAAAAUGAUGAGUUAUAUUUGUUUGAAAUCUGAGACCCUAUGUCCAUUAGUCCAAAAUUAUUCCCACCUGCUGAGGAAUUCCUCCCAUGGAAGUCACACUACAUUUUAGGUUGGUUUGGAUGGCUUGCAAAUCUGUUUUCAUUACUAAAUUUUAAGGUUCUGAAUAGAGAUAGAGUUGAGAGUCACCAGAAGGGUCUGCAUCAGCUUGGGACUCCCCUGGGUCCCCCAGAUGCAAUGUGGUCCACCGACCUCGGGGUGGGGGGGUGCUGUGAUGAUGGAUCCUCCUGAGUACAGUAAUAGAACAUAAUACUUAAUGUAUUGCUUUCAUAAACAAAUCAAACAAUGACUACAACCAUGUCCACACCCAGAUUCAAAUGAUUUUUAUACCACUUUUGAGUGAUAGGAUUUGCAAUAUUUUUUAAUUGGCAGCAUCAGUUACCAUUCCUUAUAUUUUUUUGUAACUGAGCUCUUGCAUGACUUAUCUUGUGUUAUCCUAAAUAAACAUUUUCUUAAACAGAAUAAAUUGUCCAUUUCAUGAAUUAGGCUUCCAAACAACCUAUGUUGGGAUGACUUUUUGUUUUCAUUUAGCAGUGAAAGCUCUAUAGUGCUGCAAAUAUCUAAACUUAAAAAUCUGUAAAGCUUUUCAUGGGCAUACUAGUAGUUUUCAUUCUGAUUUUUGCCAUCAUAAUGAUUUGUUGCUCUUUUAACGUCUGCAAAACUAUGACAAUGUGAUACACCAUAAAUAGUAAACUGUUCAUUAUAGGCAGUGCUUACUACAAGGAUGAUGUAGUAUUCUGCUCCCUGUAGUAAAGUAUCUUGUGACGGAAGGGACUAUGAGCUAUAUUUUUAUUGUGUGGGCUGGCAGUGUAGCUGCAUGGUGUAACCUCUCUCACUGCCAUGAUUUACUUUUGCCCUUUUGCUUGAAGUGCUGGGUUUUGUAUCAGAAGAAUUUUGUUCCCAGCAUCUUAGUCUUGGUUUCAUGUCUGUGGUCUAUUUUCAUCCUUGCAUGAUUCUGAGAGGGGAAGCAGAGUGGGAAAUGGAGUUGCACGAAGCCAAGCAGAGAAGCUGGGGCAGUGCCCACACCUGCCUUUGACCAGGUACAUCGGCCAUAAGCUGGGGUCGCACACUGCAGAGCACAAUGCACAGAAAAAGGAUCUGAACCUCAGCGGCUCAAAGCCUUCCAAAGUCAUUCUGCCCAAGUUUAAAUAUUGGGCCAGAAUGCCAUCUUAUUAAGGAGAGGCCUGAAUUGGAGCCUGGGGCUGGACAGCACCCUCACACAGUGGAAACUGGCCUUGUCUGAGUGAAGCACUGUUUCAUGGUUAUUUUCACUUGCUAAAUAAAGAUUAUCAGGUAACUCAGUUUUCA